UAACAAAGCCCUUAAAAAAGAUAUUGCAAUAGGAAUACAUUAUUGUACCCAACAACUUAAAGAUCUUAUUGCAAAAAAUUAUAAAAUGCCUUAUCCUCAUACGGGCCAUAUAAUUCAGGAAUAUUUAGAACAAAAAAUUAAUAAAUUCAGAUUGCAAAAUAAAGUAACAUGUAUAAUUUCUGAUAAUGGUUCAAAUAUGAAGAAAGCUAUUGAAUUAUAUCUAGAUCUUCAAAGAAUUCUAUGUGCAGCCCAUACUAUGCAAUUAUCAGUUAACCAAGGUUUGUGCCAAAUUAAAAGUUAUACAAAGAAAAUUAAAAAAUUAGUAAAGUUUUUUAAUUCAUCUAAACAAAGUGAGCGAUUAGAUCAAGCUCAACAAGAAUUAUAUCAACAAAGUUUUGAUGAUAAAAAUUCUGAAUUUGAAGAUUUUUCAGAUUUUUCUAGUGAAGAUUCAGUAUCUGAAAAUGAACGUAGAUCUAUAUCACAAGACUCAUCUUUAUUUUCAUUAAAUUAUAUAUUAGAACGUGUACGAAAAGCUAUUUAUGAUUCAUUAUUUGAAUAUUGGGAAAAUCUAUUACAAAUUAGAUUAUUAGCAACUUUGUUAGAUCUAUGUGUAAAACAUUUGCAAAUUUUUGAUAAUAAUAUACAAAAUGAUGCUAUUUCUGAAUUACAAUUUCAGUUUAAAACUUUAAUGCAAAACUCUAAGAAAAAUACUAAUAUUAAUAUUUCUAAAAGUACUUCAACAAAUAUACUAUUUCGUGAUAUUUUUGAAAGUAACUAUACUACUAAUGAUGAUGAUGAAUUAAGCU